GGUUGCAUCAUGCAAUGCCAAAAUUGGGAAGCUUCAGGUACGUAUGAGAGAGUGGAGUGGACGAUUCAUCACUCCACAACUCUCUCUUCCCGUGCCCUUUCCUCCACUCUACCACCAACUCCUCUUUCCCUUUCAUCAUCACUCUUAAUUCUAUAUCUAUCUAUAUAUCUAUCUAUUCCACUUUCCACACUCUCUUCAAAUUCAACUUUCCCUUCCAUCUUCUAGGGAGAUGAGAAGGACUGGCUAGGUUUAAAGAAUUGAAUUUUUUUUAGGUUGAUUUGAACUGUGAUGGAGCUCCCUUCAUUCAGUAAUUUGAAUGUUUGGAGGGUUUCUGGAACUAUGGGAGUAUGGAGUUUUUUGUUGUUCUUAAUAAUACUACUCAAGAGUGAUGUUGCAUAUUCUAAUUACUUGAUUGGUCUUGGAAGCUAUGAUAUUACUGGUCCUGCUGCUGAUGUUAACAUGAUGGGGUAUGCUAACACAGAACAGAUUGCAUCCGGGGUUCACUUCCGGUUAAGGGCUCGAGCUUUUAUUGUUGCUGAGCCUAAGGGUAACAGGGUAGUGUUUGUUAAUCUUGAUGCUUGCAUGGGUUCACAGCUUGUUACUAUCAAACUACUUGAGAGACUUAAAGCAAGAUAUGGUGACAUAUAUACAGAAAAUAAUGUAGCUAUUAGUGGAAUUCACACGCAUGCUGGUCCCGGGGGUUAUCUCCAGUAUGUUGUGUAUAUCGUAACAUCCCUUGGAUUCGUUCGCCAGUCAUUUGAUGUUCUUGUCGAUGGCAUUGAGAAAAGCAUUGUCCAGGCCCAUGAAAAUCUCCGCCCAGGAUCAAUUUUUGUCAAUAAGGGUGAGAUUUUAGAUGCUGGUGUUAAUCGCAGUCCUAGUGGUUAUCUCAACAAUCCUGCUGAAGAGAGAAGCAAAUAUAAAUAUAAUGUCGAUAAAGAAAUGUCUCUUUUAAAGUUUGUUGAUGAUGAGUGGGGUGCUGUGGGAAGUUUCAAUUGGUUUGCUACUCAUGGGACUUCAAUGAGUCGUACAAACUCAUUAGUUAGCGGGGAUAAUAAGGGUGCUGCUGCGCGAUUUAUGGAAGACUGGUUUGACCGAAAAAGUUCUGUGAGAAAAGAUUCCCCUGGAUUUGAAGAUGACAGCUUACCUCGAAGAAUUUCAAACAUAAUUCCCAGUCUUAAUAAUAAUCACCAUGAGUUACUGGAACUUGCUGCCUCAUUCCAAUCUCCUCCUGGUAGACCAGCAACCAAAACAUCAAGUGUUGCUAGACGUGUGAGAGGUGUUCUUAGGCAGGACGGCAAACCUAGAUUUGUAUCUGCAUUUUGUCAAUCCAAUUGCGGUGAUGUUAGUCCAAACGUACUUGGAGCCUUUUGUACAGACACUGGACUACCUUGCGACUUCAAUCACAGCACAUGUGGAGGGAAGAACGAGCUAUGCUACGGCAAAGGACCUGGUUACCCCGAUGAAUUUGAAAGUACACGUAUUAUAGGGGAGAGACAGUUUAAAAAAGCAGCGGAGUUGUUUAACGGAGCAUCCGAACAGAUUAAAGGAAAGGUGGAUUUUCGACAUGUGUACUUAGAUUUCUCCAAGCUCGAGGUAAAUGUUUCUAUCGCAGGAGCUUCUAAGGUAGUAAAGACAUGCCCUGCUGCAAUGGGAUUCGGAUUUGCUGCUGGAACAACGGAUGGACCUGGGGCAUUUGAUUUUAAGCAAGGUGAUGAUCAGGUAAGCAGUGAUUCUGUACCGUAUGCUUAUCCAUUAUCCAAGACCAGUAUUCUUCUUUGUGCUAACUUUUCUGUGUGUCAGGGGAAUCCUUUCUGGAAACUGGUCCGCAACUUAUUGAAAACGCCAGACAAGGAACAAAUAGACUGUCAGUAUCCAAAGCCUAUUUUGCUCGAUACCGGUGAAAUGAAGCUUCCAUAUGAUUGGGCUCCUUCAAUACUUCCAAUCCAGAUCUUCCGAAUUGGACAGUUUGUUAUUCUUAGUGUACCAGGAGAAUUUACAACAAUGGCUGGGAGACGGCUUCGUGAUGCAGUGAAGACAGUGCUAAGUGGUGACAAAAGCUUUGGUAGCAACAUUCAUGUUGUUAUAGCAGGGUUGACGAAUACUUAUUCACAGUAUGUGACCACAUACGAGGAGUACGAGGUGCAAAGAUACGAGGGUGCUUCGACACUUUUUGGUCCACACACUUUGAGUGCCUACAUUCAAGAAUUCAAGAAGCUCGCGCACGCCCUCAUCAGCGGUCAGCCUGUAGAAUCAGGCCCGCAACCGCCAGACCUCCUCAACAAGCAAAUAGGUUUACUAACACCAGUAGUGAUGGACGGAACCCCUCUUGGUGUAAACUUCGGGGAUUGCGCCUCUGAUGUACCCAAGAAUUCCACCUUUAAGAGAGGCGACACAGUGUCGGUUACUUUUUGGUCUGCUUGCCCUCGAAACGACCUUAUGACAGAAGGUACAUUUUCUCUGGUGGAAUAUCUCCAAGGGAAGGGUUCGUGGGUUCCUGCUUACGACGACGAUGAUUUUUGCCUGCGCUUCAAGUGGUCGAGACCUUUCAAACUCAGUACUCAUAGUAAAGGUACAAUAGAAUGGAGAAUUCCAGAGGAUGUAACUCCUGGUGUAUACAGAAUUAAACAUUUUGGAGCUGCAAAGGGUUUGUUAGGGUCGACUCGACACUUCACAGGUUCAUCUAGUGCAUUUGUAGUAACACACUGAUCCAAUCUACAUGUUUAAUGGUCUUAAGAAAAGUUAUUACUAUAUAUUUUGGAGUUUGUUGUAUUCAAGUCUCUCAAAAUACUUCCAUUAAAUCAAGGUUGAUUUCAUCACUA